AGUUUAUCUUGAGAAGACAUCUAAGCUGCACACUACUGUUCUGUCCAAGUGGUGAAAAUGUUUAGCAUCACAUCUCCAUUCGUCUACGGUUCGUCUACAAUCUGCAGAUUUCAGCCUGGAAAUCUCCAUUACGAAACCAGUCUCCUAUCGAAAUGGGCAAAGCUUCCCAGAUCACCAGGAUUGAGAUUUCGUUGAGGAGGGCGGCAUCGAAUCCCACGCCCGAGUUCACCCCAUGUGUAAUCAGCAACGAAGCGAUUUCGUUGCGAGUGGUUCGCCCCAACGAGUGUUUCACCCCAACGAGCAUUCCGCGGGCCACAGGGAUGCUCCACCACGUUAUUAAUUAA